CUCUCUGUACACCAGGCCUCAAACUCAGAGAUCUGCUUGCCUCUGCCUCCCGAGAGCUGGGAUUAAAUGUGUGCGCCCCCUUGCCUGGCUGCCAGUUUCUUAAAACCUCCCUGACAGGAUCUGGAAAGGAGUGGUGGACCACUGGCUUUGUCGCCCAGGUGCCCACGGCGCCCUACUGGGCACAUAUGUCCGUUGCAACAGUUUUGGGAGUGGUAGGGCUCAGGGUUUGGCACAGCCAUCAGGAGGUGGCAGAGGGGCGUUUUGAGAUGAGUGUGGAGGGAGUCAUUUGCCAUUAGGGCUCAGUGAGUACUAGCUGUUACUCUGUCAGGCACGGGGGAUGCCGCGAACAGGAUCCCUGGUCCUGGUCUCAGGCAGGGGACGACAGCCGAGGGGUAAACAAACCUGUUAGCCCACAGUCUCUACCGUGUAUGUUGUGGGAGCUCAACUAAGAACGGAUAGUUGGGGGCGUUGGUUGAAGUAGGGCAUGUAUUAGAAAUGCUUAAAUCUUGGCGCAGUUUGCUGCAGGUGAGUCAGCUCUGCAGGAUUUCUUUCAGCGGUGAGAAUGAGGCAUCUCCCUUGGAUAUAGGAGGGACUUGUCUGACAUGUAAGGUUGCCUUCUUUCUCGCUCUCCAUGAGAACCUGGCGGUUUUAGGUCAGAACAAAACUGGCAUUAAUCAAUAGGGGGUAGCACUGGCACUAAGUAGGGGCUGAGUUUUUAGUCUGUAUUCUCGAGGCUAAGACCCAAAAUGGUACAGUGGCUUAGAGGUGGAAGUUUCUGGAAAGGAAUGAACCUGACCUGGCUGUUCCUCUGUUGCUCCGAGUCACCACAUAGAUAGCCACGACUGUGUGUUUGCCCAUUACUGUGCGGUAGUCAUGUUUGUUUUGUUCUCAGGUGUCUGUCAUUUCCUGGCCAGACUGCAGGAUGGCUCUAUGCCCUGUUAGCCAGUCUGUGACUAGUGUGACCAGGACUGCGUAUGUGGUGGCACUGUGGUCACCGAUUCCUUUGACUUCACUGGUGUGUCCAGGGCAGGCACAUAUGGGACAGCCUUUGUCCGGAGUUGGCCAUAAAUCCCUACCCUUAGUGUUUUCCACCGGCCUGGACAUAAAUCCCUACCCUUAGUGUUUCCCACCGGCCUGCUCUUGCCAGCCCGCUCCUGUCAAGCUCUAGCUCACAACACAACAACAGUCUUUUUGGAGUACAGUGAAUCGAGAAAUUAGGCAGCCCAGCUUUGCUGCACACAACCUAUAACGUGUUCCAGGCGGAGCUCUUCUUUCUUUGGAGGGGGAAACCCAGUGACCCUGAAUAGCUGGUAAUCUAUCUCCACCACCCCCUCAGCUCCUGCCUGCCCACACCUCGCCCCUCCCCCCGCUCUUCAUCUGGCUUCUUUGACUUACGCCGGAGCCUUCUCUCCGGCCUGGAAACCUUACUCCCGCCCCUUUUGCGUGGCCCCGGCUUCAGCUCAGGGCUCUUUGUCACAGCUCCGCCCACUUGAGCACACCCUCCAGGAAAGGUUCCCUGUUCCUUCCCCACUCACGCUGGGUCUAAGCUGACUGAGAUGCACCAUCGGGGAGCCAAGGUCCUCCCAGCUGAGCACUGUUACCCAUCCCUGGGAACAUGGGCCUCAGAAGCUGGCUGUGGGAGGCUUUCUGUGCCACGCUCUAUCAGGAACCCAGCCAUGGUGAACGAGGGCAGCAGCAGUGGUAGCGAGGGCUCCAAGGACAGUUCGAGAUGUUCCACCCCCAGCCUGGACCCAGAGCGGCACGAGAGACUCCGGGAGAAGAUGAGGCGCAGAAUGGACUCUGGGGACAAGUGGUUCUCCCUGGAGUUCUUCCCCCCUCGGACUGCCGAGGGAGCCGUUAACCUCAUCUCAAGGUUUGACCGGAUGGCAGCAGGGGGUCCCCUCUUCGUGGAUGUUACCUGGCACCCAGCUGGAGACCCUGGCUCAGACAAGGAGACCUCCUCCAUGAUGAUUGCCAGCACAGCAGUCAACUACUGUGGCUUGGAGACCAUCCUGCACAUGACCUGCUGCCAGCAGCGCCAGGAGGAGAUUACAGGCCAUCUGCACAGAGCCAGGCAGCUUGGCCUGAAGAACAUAAUGGCGCUGAGGGGAGACCCUGUAGGUGACCACUGGGAAACAGAGGAAGGAGGCUUCAGCUGUGCUACAGACCUGGUGAAGCACAUCCGGAACGAGUUUGGCGACUACUUUGACAUCUGUGUGGCCGGUUACCCCAAAGGCCACCCUGAGGCAGAGAGCUUUGAGGAUGACCUGAAGCACUUGAAGGAGAAGGUAUCUGCAGGCGCUGACUUCAUCAUCACCCAGCUCUUCUUUGAGGCCAGCACCUUCUUCCAUUUUGUGAAGGCCUGCACAGAAAUAGGCAUCUCCUGCCCCAUCCUGCCUGGGAUCUUUCCUAUACAGGCCUACUCCUCCCUUCGGCAGCUUGUAAAACUGUCCAAGCUGGAGGUACCGCAGAAGAUCAAGGAUGUCAUCGAGCCCAUCAAAGACAAUGAUGCUGCCAUCCGCAACUAUGGCAUUGAGCUGGCUGUGAGCUUGUGCCGGGAGCUGCUGGACAGCGGCUUGGUGCCGGGCCUCCACUUCUACACCCUCAACCGUGAGGUGGCCACUAUGGAGGUGCUAAAGCAACUGGGCAUGUGGACUGAGGACCCCAGGCGUCCCCUGCCCUGGGCUGUCAGUGCGCAUCCCAAGCGCCGGGAGGAAUAUGUGCGUCCCAUCUUCUGGGCCUCCAGACCGAAAAGCUAUAUCUACCGCACACAGGACUGGGAUGAGUUUCCCAACGGCCGCUGGGGUAAUUCCUCCUCACCAGCCUUUGGGGAGCUGAAGGACUACUACCUCUUCUACCUGAAAAGCAAGUCCCCCAGGGAGGAGCUGCUGAAGAUGUGGGGUGAGGAGCUCACCAGCGAAGAGAGUGUCUUUGAAGUCUUUGAACAUUACCUCUCUGGAGAGCCAAACCAGCAUGGCCACAUAGUCACCUGCCUGCCCGGGAACGAUGAUCCCCUGGCAGCAGAAACCAGCCUGAUGAAGGAAGAACUGCUCCGAGUGAACAGGCUGGGCAUCCUCACCAUCAACUCACAGCCCAACAUCAAUGGGAAGCCGUCCUCAGACCCUGUUGUGGGCUGGGGCCCUAGUGGGGGCUACGUCUUCCAGAAGGCCUACCUAGAGUUCUUCACCUCCCCUGAGACAGUGGAGGCGCUUCUGCAAGUGCUCAAGAAGUACGAGCUCCGAGUCAACUACCACAUUGUGGAUGUGCAGGGGAAGAACAUCACGAAUGCCCCCGAGCUGCAGCCCAAUGCUGUCACCUGGGGCAUCUUCCCUGGUCGAGAGAUCAUCCAGCCUACUGUGGUGGAUCCCAUCAGCUUCAUGUUCUGGAAGGAUGAGGCCUUUGCCCUGUGGAUUGAGCAGUGGGGCAAACUGUAUGAGGAGGAAUCCCCAUCCCGCAUGAUCAUCCAGUACAUCCAUGACAACUACUUCCUGGUCAACCUGGUGGACAACGAGUUCCCGCUGGACAGCUGCCUGUGGCAGGUGGUAGAGGACACAUUUGAGCUGCUCAACAGGCACACCGUGAAGAGAGAAGCUCAGGCCCCAUGAGCCUACACCCUGGCAUCGUCCUCUCCUGGAGCCCCCCUCUCGUCUCUCCACACCUGAUAAUGACAGCUAGACUGUCAGGAAGCACCCAGGCUCUGGCUGGACCCGAGAUGCCCCAUUUUGGAGGCUCAUGCUCUCUGCUCAAGGUCAUGAGAUGAGAUUGACCUGAGCAGGGCCCAGCUAUGCCCAUGGCCGUGUCUGGCCCACUCCUGGGCUCCUGAGCGGGCACUCCUGCCAGCUGCCAUCUUCUCUGUUGAGCCUAGCCAAGAAGCUGUCCUGGCACUCCUCCCCAGUCAGCCCUCGGGCCUUACUACCUGGGGUAGUGACUGGCAGGUACAGAUGGCUGCUCCUGAGGCCUGGCUCCCAGCCUGCUGGUCUUGUUUGAGUCAGGGAGGGGGGGGAAGCUGUCCA